AUGGGAACUGGCGCGGCCGGACCAUGCCUUCGUGCGAGCCGACUGGACCGAGCAUACUGGCCGCUCGUCGCCAUCCCUCAGUUGGGAGAGACGGAUGAGCCCGGGUUGAUCCCCAUCGCGCUUCCGCCUGGGGUGCCGUCUACCCUGUCCGGGUGGCCUAUUCGCUCCGUAGGAAUCCCUAAUGAACAGGCGAUGCGUGACCUCGAUUGGAAUCCUUUCCAGGACUACCUGGAUACGUUCGCAUCCGAGCUGAGCUCUAGCUUGAGAAACGUAUGGGCAGGCAUCACAAAGAAGGCGACGGGGGCAUUUGGGAAACGUCAACACAAAGCAGAAUUGAUACAGCCCAACAAUGUCAACCGAAAUCACUUCUACCCUGUUCGGAAUGGCGCGGUCCUCGCCAGCGUCUUCCGCGACCAGCGGAGUCGCCGGCCUUGCGUCGUUUACAUGGUAGCGCCUGGCACGACUGCCCCUGAUCAGACGAGACCUAGUCGCAUAAGGAAAGACUAUCGACCCGACACACUAAGCCAUGUUGCCGCACAUCUUGGUGACGUUGAGCGUUGCAUCAUGGGCCACCGACUGAGUCUCACAAGCAUACCUGGGACCUUAGUUGGCCGGUCUUUCGAGUUCAGCGAGUGGGCUAUGUGGUGGAGGCCCGAACUUGGCAGAAGACUAAGGCGUCCAGAGGCCGGCCAUCCGUUCCACACCCCUCCAUCAACUAUCCUGUGGAUAUACUCCAUGGUUCUGCAUCAUAUGGUGGCGGCACGGGUGCGGGAUUAUCCGCGGCUGCCAGAUUGUCUCAGCGGACGGAGGGAUGCCGUGUUUUACUCGGGUGCCUGGUACUUCAACCUUGUCAGAACGGGCGAGUGCGUUGGGUGUGGGAGGCUGCUGAUGCGGGAGCUUCGGCAGUUCUUUCCGGAACUCAUGGAUAGCGAGGGGUGUAUCGACAUUGUCGUCCUUAGGGAUAGGAAGAGUGUUGAAGAGCCAGAGCGUACACUGGGUCAUAGGUCUCACGAGCGCAUUUGA